AAAACGUCUAUACUGCCCAAAGUGAUCUAUAGAUUUAAUACAAUCUUCAUUAAAACACUAACAUGGUACCUUGAAAAACUUGAAAAAAUAGUUCUUCAAUUCAUAUGGAACAAGACAAAAGCCCUGAAAGGCGAGCCAUUGCAGUACACUGAGCUCCAUAGAGACAGCGCCGGGGCAAGGGAGAGCCGGAUGGGCACUGGGCGACUCUGUGCCUCGCUGAGGAAAAAUAACUAAACAUGGGCAAAGGAGAUCCUAAGAAGCCGAGGGGCAAAAUGUCAUCAUAUGCAUUCUUUGUGCAAACUUGUCGGGAGGAGCACAAGAAGCAGCACCCAGAUGCUUCAGUCAACGUCUCAGAGUUUUCUAAGAAGUGCUCAGAGAGGUGGAAGACCAUGUCUGCUAAAGAGAAAGCAAGAUUUGAAGAUAAGGCAAAGGUGGACAAGGCCCGUUGUGAAAGAGAAAUGAAAACCUACAUCCCUCCUAAAGGGGAAACAAAAAAGAAGUUCAAGGAUCCCAAUGCAACCAAGAGGCCUCCUUCAGCCUUUUUCUUGUUCUGUUCUGAGUGUCACCCAAAAAUCAAAGGAGAACAUCCCGGCCUAUCCAUUGGUGAUGUUGCAAAGAAGCUGGGGGAGAUGUGGAAUAACACUGCUGCGGAGGACAAGCAGCCUGAUGAAAAGAAGGCUGCAAAGCUGAAGGAAAAAUACGAAAAGGAUAUUGCUGCAGACCGAGCUAAAGGAAAGCCUGACGCAGCGAAAAAGGGAGUCGUCAAGGCUGAAAAAAGCAAGAAAAAGAAGGAAGAGGAGGAAGAUGAGGAGGAGGAAGAUGAAGAUGAUGAUGAUGAAUAAGUUGGUUCUAGCGCAGUUUUUUUUCCUUGUCUAUAAAGCAUUUAACGCCCCUGUACACAACUCACUCCUUUUAAAGAAAAAAUUUGAAAUGUAAGGCAGUGUAAGAUUUGUUUUUAAACUGUACAGUGCCCUUUUUUGUAUAGUUAACACACUACCGAAUGUGUCUUUAGAUAGCCCUGUCCUGGUGGUAUUUUCAGUAGCCACUAACCUUGCCUGGUACAGUAUGGGGGUUGUAAAUUGGCAUGGAAAUUUAAAGCAGGUUCUUGCUGGUGCACAGCACAAAUUAGUUAUAUAUGGGGAUGGUAGUUUUUUCAUCUUCAGGUGUCUCGGAUGCAGCUUAUACGAAAUAAUUGUUGUUCUGUUAACUGAAUACCACUCUGUAAUUGCAAAAAAAAAAAAAAAAAAAGUUGCAGCUGUUUUGUUGACAUUCUGAAUGCUUCUAAGUAAAUACAAUUUUUUUAUUAAAAAAAAAAAAGCCCUGAAAGGCUAA